UUGGAAAUUACCCGGAGAAAUGUGCAUUUAACAGUUGUACCAAACUGACUACAUUGCUGGAAAAGGUGGAAUAUUAUGAAAAACAUAUUUUCACACAAACAGAAUAAGAUAUCAGGAGAAAUGGGAGCACUGGAUUUAAUGCAUUUAAAGUUGCCUCAGGUGACCCCAAAAUUCCUUGGAAAAGUCAUCAGCUCCUGUAUGCAAGAUAUUUCAGACGAUGAGUGGAUGUCUUUGGAUGCCAGUGAUACUGGAUCAAAGGCUGUCACUGCGCUGUCCGACAUGUGCUGUGCCGUCAUAGGUGAAAUCAGCUCCUUGGUCCUGCAGGAUGUGGAGCCUCAGGUUCUUGCCUGGGGCCACCAUCACGCAUGUGGCGAUAAUGUAACUGUGCCGGGUGGGUGGAGUUACUGCAGGGUGACAGAGAUGAAUAUUCGAGCCUGCUGUAGAAACAGCCUUUAUGACUGUUUUGGUGAAGCCCUGCACGUAGCACAGGAAAGCUCCCACACCUUAGAUCAGUUAGUGAGGCUGUUUUCAGCAGAGAUUACUAAAAGAGUAAACUCAUCGCUGGCCCAAAUCACAGGCUCAGCUCCGUCCUCUGACGUUAUUACUGGCCGACAUCAGAAUGCAUUUUUCAGAUGGUCUCUAACAUGGGAAACAUUUUUAAAUCCAUGUUGGAAGGCCGCAGAAGAGUCAAGGUGA